AUGCUGUCUGUCACCAUAGGUAAAGGAGACCCCAACAAGCUGCUGGACAGGAUGUCCUCAGAUGCCUUUUUCAUACAGAUCUACCAGGAAGAGCACAGGAAGAAACAUCCAGACUCUUCUAUCAAUCUCACCAAAUUCUCCAAGAAAUGUUCAGAGAGAUGGAAGACCAUGUCUGUAAAGGAAAAGUCGAAAUUUGAAGGUAUGGUAAAAAAUGACAAAGCUUGCUCACAGAUGAAAAAUUGUGUUUCUCCCAAAGGUGACAAGAAAGGAAAGAAAGAAGAUCCCAAUGCUCCUAAAAGGUCUCCGUCUGCUUUCUUAUUGUUUUGUUCUGAACAUCAUCCAAAGAUCAAAAGUGAACACUGUGUUUUAUCCAUUGGGGAUACUGCAAAAAAAUGGGGUGUAAUGUGGUCUGAACAGUCAGCCAAAGAAGGUAAGCAACUAUAUGACCUGAAAGCAGCUAAGCUAAAGGAGAAAUAUGAAAAGGAAAUUGCUGCAUUUCGUGCCAAGGGCAAAAGUGAAACAGGAAAGAGGGGCCUUGGGAGACCAACAGAUUCAAAGAAAAAUGAACCAGAGGAUGAGGAAGAGGAGGAAAAAGAUGAAGAGGAUGAUGAAGAAGAUGAAGAAUAAAUGACUAUCCUGUAAUGAUAUGUGUGGAGUGUGUG